UUAGGGCCUCCUGUCUUCGGUGUCUCGUUGGCCGGGUUUCGGGUCUGUUCUCGCCACGUGGCCAUUUCGUCGCCCGAGGGGUGCUUACCCCCUUUUGCCGUCGGGUAGUAGCGACCCGACGUGGCGCUGGGGAGACGGCCCGAGCCGGUCUGAGAGCACCCGCGCGUGCAGCUUGGCAGCCUGGCGACCCGGCGCUCUCCCCUGCUCCCGGCCUGCCGGGGGGCCACCGACUCCCCUCCGACCGAGCGUGGUCUCCGAGGGCAUGUGGUCCGGGCCAAGCGUUUUCGGUUCUCGGAGGAGCCGGGCCUGGGAGCUGAGGGGGCCGUGCUGGAGGUCCGCGUCCCGCAGGUCCUGCAUCUUCAAUAUGGAAUGUAUGUUUGGCCCUGUGCUGUGGUCCUGGCCCAGUACCUGUGGUUUCACAGAGGAUCUCUGCCAGGAAAGGCUGUCUUAGAGAUUGGAGCUGGAGUGAGCCUUCCAGGAAUUAUGGCUGCAAAAUGCGGUGCUGAAGUAACACUGUCAGACAGUUCAGAGCUGCCUCACUGUCUAGAGAUCUGUCGGCAAAGCUGCCAAAUGAAUAACCUGCCUCAGGUGCAUGUUGUGGGACUCACAUGGGGUCAUGUAUCUCGGGAUCUUCUGGCUCUACCACCGCAAGACAUUAUUCUUGCAUCCGAUGUGUUCUUUGAACCAGAAGACUUUGAAGACAUUUUAACUACAGUUUACUUUUUGAUGCAGAAGAACCCCAAGGUCCAAUUGUGGUCUACUUACCAGGUAAGAAGUGCUGACUGGUCACUUGAAGCUUUGCUCUACAAGUGGGACAUGAAAUGUGUCCACAUUCCUCUGGAGUCUUUUGGUGCAGACAAAGAAGAUAUAGCAGAAUCUGCCCUUCCAGGAAGACAUACUGUUGAAAUGCUGGUCAUUUCCUUUGCAAAGGACAGUCUCUGAAUUAUACCUAAAAGCUGUUUUGGGACAAUGUCAAUACUGAUUAGCAACCUGGCAAGCCAACUGUGUGACUCAGACCACUUCAGCUUGAGUACAGUGGAUCUGAAGAUGGUCAGAUCGGUUGACUUUAGAUUGUGAUGGGUCACAUAACCAUUAAAACAAAAAUUAAAACUCCUAUAAGAA